UGGGUGUCGACGACGACUCGGCGCCGCUGGCGGACAACCAGGCGCCCAUCGCGGGGACAGAAAAGCGGCUGUCGACGCAGUCGGUGCGGUUUGCGCCGGGGACGUCGUUGGGCGACGACCUGCACGCGGCCGAGGAGGGGCUGAGCCGGAGCCUUAGUAAAGCGUCGGGCAGCACGCGGUCGGGCUCGUUCAUUCGCCCCUCGCCGUCGCGGACGGGUUCGGGAAGCAGAUCCCUCUCCCCCGGGGCGUCGCCAGUGCGAAGAGUCUCCAUGGCCGUCCAGAACAUGUCCCAGCGCGUGGUCAAUCUGAGUAACGACCCCGAGGCCGUCGAACAGACGAUAAGAAGGAAGGGCUCGAAUAAGAGUUAUUCCGAAAGCAGACGGACGAGUGUGCCAGAGAUCGAGAUUGAGGAUGUGGGAGAUGGAGAUGGCGGCGCGAGCGGCGAUCGAGGCUCCCAGCUGGAGAAGCCAAAGCUGCUGAGAAAACCGUCGCAGGAACGAAGACCGUGGAGGGAACAGGUCAAUCCGCUCAAGGGAAAUACUCUCAGGAUUUUCUCGCCGACCAGUCGCGUCAGGCUGAUUCUGUGUGAUGUGCUCAUUCAUCCCGCGAUCGAGCCGUUGAUUUUGCUUUUGAUCUUGGUCCAGACAAUACUGCUCACGAUUGAUUCGGCUCCGAGUGUCUUCGACGACCCGAGAGCUAAGAGCUGGGGAACUUCGCCAAUUGAUUAUGCCUUGCUCGUCCUCUUCAGUAUAUACACAAUCGAAAUCGUUGCGCGAUGUAUUGUCUCUGGCGUCUUUAUGAAUCCCGUCCAGGAAGAUGAUCCAGAAGCAAGAGGUGGUCUCCGCCGGAGGAUCGUCUUGAAGGCGAAAACUUUUUUGACGCCCAAAAGGGUCGAUAAUAUACGUGCAGUCUCGCCGACCAGAAUGGACGAACCACCAUCGCUCAUGCGGUCCAUCACGCAACUCAACAUGGCGGAAGGAUCGGACGCUCCCGGGUCGGGAUCCAUACAAUCGCAAGCCCGAUUCCGGCUCGCUAGACGAGCGUUUCUCCGCCACUCUUUCAAUCGCUUGGACUUUGUAGCCGUGAUCUCGUACUGGAUAUCGCUUGGGCUGUGUGUAUCCGGACUCGAGGCGGAGCGCCACCUCUACGUGUUCCGCAUGAUGAGCUGUUUGCGCAUCCUGCGGCUGUUGGGAAUUACCAGUGGAACCUCGGUCAUCCUGCGCAGUCUGAAGAAGGCCGCCCCGCUGCUCGUCCACGUCGCCUUCCUGAUCGGCUUCUUCUGGUUGGUGUUUGCCGUCAUCGGCGUGCAGAGCUUCAAGGGCUCGCUCGAGAGAAACUGCGUCUGGGUUGAUCCUGAGGGGCUGCAGCCGAACUACACGCAGGAGUUUCAGUUCUGCGGCGGAUACAUGGACCCGUUGACCGGAAGGUCGAGGCCGUUUCUACUCAGGGAUGGAAUCACGCCCGGCGCGAAGAAGGCGAAGGGGUACAUUUGUCCGCCGAAUUCGCUGUGCAUGGUCGUUGGGAAUCCAUAUGCUGGCACUGUCAGCUUCGACAAUAUCGUCCAGAGUCUGGAACUCGUCUUUGUUGUCAUGACGGCGAAUACGUUCUCGGACCUCCUGUACUACACCGCUGAUAGUGAUUACUUGGCUGCUUCUUGCUUUUUCAUUGCGGCGAUUAUCAUUCUGGCGUUUUGGUUGGCGAAUUUGUUGAUUGCAGUCAUUACAUCCUCGUUUCAAGUCAUCCGGGAGGAAUCCAGUAAGAGCGCCUUCUCCGCAGACGACGUUUCAUCCGUCCACAACAACGACGGCCAGGCGGAGCGGAAGCCGAGCACGCUCAAGAAGAUCUACGAUCUCUCGCGCCACCUCUGGAUCGUCGUCAUCGGGGCGGGAUUGUUUGCGCAGACGUUCCGCAGUGCCCGGAUGCGCGAAAGGGAAGAGAGGAUGAUUGAUCGGGUUGAGGCCAGCGUCACGUUGAUCCUUCUCUUCGAGAUCAUCUUCCGGUUCGUCUCGGACUGGAGAGGGUUUCACACCAAGCGGAGGAACUGGGUGGAUCUUUUCCUGGCCGUCAUCACCUGCAUCAUACUACUCCCGCCGGUGCGACACGGCGGAAGGAUCUACGACUGGCUCACCGCCUUCCAGAUCCUGCGGGUAUACCGGCUGGUCUGGGCGAUUCCGGUGACGCGGAACCUUCUGGCCAAGGUUUUGGGUAACGUCUCGGGCCUGUUCAACUUGAUAUUCUUUGUGAUCCUCCUCACGUUUCUCUGCGCGCUGUUUGCUGUGCAAAUCGUCAGAGGCGAUAUUCCGGCAGAGAUCGGGGGCGAGACGACGCCUGUCAGCUUCUUUACCAUCUUUAAUGCCUUCCUGGGAAUGUACCAGGUGUUCUCGAGCGAGGAUUGGACGUCGCUGCUGUACAUGGCUACUGAGGCACAGCAGCCGUACGGUGUCGGUUGGAUCAGUGCUAUGUUCUUUAUUGGGUGGUUCAUUCUUGGGAACUUCAUCGUGUUGAACAUGUUUAUUGCUGUCAUCCAGGAGAAUUUCGAUGUUACAGAGGACGAGAAGCGGAUGCACCAAGUCAAGGCGUUUCUACAGAACAAGAGCUACAGGGCGCCCACCCAAGGACUCAAACUCUCGUCACUGUUCUCGUCAAAGAAGAACAAGAUGAACACGGAGGCCGCGCAAUCCAAGCAGGCCGCGUUCGAGAUGUUGACCAAACAGGCGAUCGUCGAGUCGUUCCUCGACGAGGGAGAACACCAACAUCGCCAGGAUGUCACGGCAGGAGCCAAGUUUGCCGUCGCCGCCGCCGUCGAGAACCUGCAGAUGCAGGAGGAGAAGCGGAAGAGGUUCUAUAAGCGGUGGUUUGCCAAGGCCAAGGGCGUGUGGAGGGAUCGCGAGACGAACCCGUUCUACUCGUUCCAGUCGCGGUCCGUGGCGGAUCUGGCGCCGACGGCGCUGGCGCAGGAGGUGGUCACUGAGGCGGAACGGAGGAAGCGCGCACAGAGGGAAUACCUGGCUAAGCACCCUAAUUACAAUGUCUCGCUGUUCAUCUUCGGUCCUCAGAACCCGAUCAGGCGCAUGUGUCAGAGGAUGGUGGGGCCCAGUCGUGCUAACGUCAGAUAUGCUGGUCUGCCUCCCAACACCACGAUCAGUUACGCGUUUUCGAUCAUCAUCUACUGUGCCAUCGUGGCCAUGGUUGUGUUGGCUUGCUUCACUACGCCGCUCUACCAGAAGGAGUAUUUUUCCAAGAAUGGGAAUUCGCGCAAGAACUGGUUUACUCUGGUGGACGCGGGAUUUGUGGUGCUGUUCACGUUUGAGUCGGCAAUCAAGAUCAUCGCGGACGGAUUGAUCUGGACGCCGAAUGCCUAUCUGCGCGGAUCGUGGGGAAUCAUCGAUUGUAUUGUGCUCAUCACGCUGUGGAUCAGUGUUGCGUCGUCCCUGACCAACAAGGAUGAGAUCAGCAGGGCUGUGGGUGCGUUCAAGGCGCUGCGUGCGCUCAGGCUGCUCAACAUCAGUGGUACAGCGCAGGAUACGUUUCAUUCGGUUGUGAUUCUGGGCGGAAAGAAGAUUCUGUCUGCCGCGUUCGUGUCGCUGUCGCUGAUCAUCCCGUUCGCCAUCUACGGAGUCAACCUGUUUGCCGGCCAGAUGGAUGCGUGCAACGACGGCAACGGCAUAGUGAACCUUACCGACUGCAUACACGAGUACGCCAGCCAGCCGUUCGAGUGGGACGUCCUCGCGCCAAGAGUCGUCGAGAAUCCGUACUUCAACUUUGACGACUUUGGCACCAGCUUGUUUAUUCUGUUCCAGAUUGUCAGUCAAGAAGGCUGGACUGGGGUCAUGUUCAACGCGCAGAAUGUCGUCGGAAAGGGAAUGCAGCCGCAACCGUUUCACUCCCAGGUCAACUCGCUGUUCUUCCUCGUCUUCAAUCUGCUGGGAGCUGUCUUCGUCCUGACACUGUUCGUGUCUGUGUUUAUGCGGAAUUACACGGAACAGACCGGUGUGGCGUUCUUGACGGCGGAUCAGCGCACGUGGCUCGAGCUGAGGAAAUUGCUGAGACAGGUCUCGCCGUCGAAGCGGCCGGAUAAGAGUCCCGACUCGGAGUGGAAGGGUUGGUGCUAUCAGAGGGCGACGCACAAGCAUGGGUAUUGGCAGAGAGGUGUUACCGUUCUAUUGAUGAUCCAUGGUUUGCUUCUGCUACUGGAGUACCAUCCUUCGCCUGGCUCGUUGGACAGGACAAGGGACUGGCUGUUCCUGGUGCUGAACAUCGCCUUCAUCGGCAACCUGGCUGUGCGCGUGGUGGGGCUGACAUGGUCGAAUUUCAUCAAGAGCAAGUGGGACAUCUACGCGCUGCUGUCGGUCAGCGGGACGUUCGUGACGACUCUCCUGCUGCUGGCUGGAUACGCCAAUCCGAUGUUCGUCCAGCUGCAGAAGCUGUUCCUGGUGUCGGUCGUGAUCAUGUUGAUCCCACGCAACGACCAGCUGGAUCAUCUAUUCAAGACUGCGGCCGCGUCGUUGACCUCGAUCGGGAACCUGAUUGCGACCUGGUUCGUGCUAUUCUUGGUUUAUGCGAUAGCGUUGACGCAGACUUUCGGCUUGACGAAGAUCGGCCCGAACGGUAACGGUAAUAUGAACUUCAGGACCGUGCCAAAGGCUUUGAUCCUGCUGUUUAGGAUGACGUGCGGAGAGGGAUGGAACGAAAUCAUGAGCGACUACGAGGUGAUCGAGCCGGCGUGCGUACGUGGCCAGACAUUCUUCGACAGCGACUGUGGCAGCGAGGUUUACGCCCACGCACUGUUUGUUUCUUGGAACAUUCUGAGCAUGUACAUCUUCGUGAGCAUGUUCAUCUCGCUCAUCUUCGAGAGUUUCAGUUACGUGUAUCAACGAUCGGGCGACUCGUCGCAGGUGUCGCGCGAGGAGAUCCGCAAGUUCAAGCAGGCCUGGGCAACGCUCGAUCCAGACGGCACCGGGUACAUAGCGAAGGACAGGUUUCCGAGGCUGCUGGGUCUGCUCUCGGGGAUUUUUGCGAUGAGGGUAUAUGAAGACCCGUUUACGGUGCAUAGUAUCCUCGAUGACUGCAGGGUCGAUCCGAAUAGCGCCAAGGGUCGCAACAAGGGGACGGCGGCCGUGCAUGGGAUUGACCUGGACAAAUUGAAUAGGCGCAUCGCGCAGAUCCCCGUUCACAAGAUCCGCAGGCAGAGGCAUACCUUUACGCUGUUCUUUGAGGAGUGUUUGGUCUCGGCGGAUAAGGACUAUGGUGUCUCGUUUGAGUCGGUCCUGCUGAUUCUCGCGCAUUACAAACUCAUCAACGACAACAAGAGUCUGAGGCUUGAGGAAUACCUGCGUCGACGAUACAGGUUGCAGAGAGUGGAAGAACAGGUGCAGCGAAAUGUCGUGACGAACUUCUUCCUGACCCUGUACUGGAGCAAACGCUUCAAAGACCUCAGGCUCGGCCGGAUCACCCCAGGCACGAUCAGUCGCGCACCGUCCACCACCGUGCCGCAGAUCCGCGUCGACAACGCCAGCGACAUAACCGACAUCGUCCCCCACAACUCGGACAUCCCCCAGAUCACGCUUAACGAGGAAGGACCCGUCGUGCCCCCUCGCCUCUCGUUCGACGACAGCUACCACAACACCGGAGAAUCCAGCGGUUUCAGCCCCAUCGACUCACCCACCGAUGCAGCCGGCGGCGGCGCGUUCAGCUUUGGCGGCGUGAACCCGUUCUCGGACGGCAACGAGCCACUCAGCUUCCUCCGCCAGCGCGGUCCGGGCCGGCGCACGCCACCGUACAUAUCGACGCCCAACCUGUCUCCUAGUACGAGCCCGAUGAUCUCGCCGGCGCUUAGUCCGCGCGUGGGCGCGGGGCCAUCCGACGGCUUUGGCGGCAUCGGCCUGUGGUACGGCGCCGGCGCGCAGUCACCCACCACCGCGGAGCGCCAGACAAGUGAGGUCGCCCCCCAGGUCGUCAUGGACGCCCUUGACGACUCCGAGUGGCGCGAUCAGAUCAGGUCGUUCAUUGAGAGCCAGAUAGGUCCCGGCGCGGGGGGAUCCCCAAGUGUCAGCAGGAAUGGAAGCCGCAAUGGGGAGGUUAGUAGACAGGGUAGUCGUAAUGGCGGUGGUGGCGGUGGUGCUGGUGGGAAUGCUGCUGGUGGUGGUGCUGGUGCUGGUGGUGCUGGUGCUGGCGGGAGUGCGAGGGGUGAUGCCAGUCCCAGGUCCUAGACAGUAGGUAUGCAGUUGAUGAUUGUAAUAAUGAAGCAGGUGGCAGGUGGCUGCUGGGAGGGGGGCGUUUGGGUGGGGGCUUUUUGUUUUGUUUUUGUUUUGUUCUGUUACAUUGAUGUUUUGGCUCUUGAGACUUCCUUUUACU